AUGUCGGAAAUGGUGUUCGCCGUCGCGUGGAAACAAGUCUACCAGCAAGGCAUCGAGGGGGUAGUGGAAGUCACGAGCUAUGACUUGCCGUCGGAGAAUUCGAAAGUCAGCGAUCUGGUCCAAGCCCUGGACCGGAAACUUCGCUCGGAACGAGUGUGCGAUGGCGCCAUACGCAAAGUGCGCUUUCUCCAGCUUUACGGCACUCGCCUGGAUGAUGACAAUCGUCUUCUGGAGACGCUGGUUCCAGAUCUGUUACACGGGUGUCCGCGCCUGCUGGCAAGCACGCAUCUUGUGGCUGCCACAGCUUCGUGUGGCCAAGUGAUCAUCAUCAAAACACUGACCGGCAAGACCAUUGAGGUGAGCUGUCAUGUUGCGAACUUUGUUGACGAAAUCAAGCAGCGUAUCCAGGAUCAAAAGGGCAUCCCGCCAGACCAGCAGCGGUUGAUUUUUGCAGCCCGCCAGCUUGACGAUGGGCGUAAGCUGUCGGACUACGGCAUCCAGAACGGCAGUGUCCUGCAUCUGGUGCUGCGAUUGAGAGGAGGGUACGUUGCGCCUCGAUGCUUUGCCAAUGCUCCGGAUUGGCGAAUUUGCCGCGAUGGGCUGAACAUUGAAGGCCGAUGCAAGAACCGAGCGUGUGUUGCGUACAAGCAACUGGUAAUUCACCCUGCAGACUUCCAAGUGUUUAACCUCAUGAAGGAUGGUGGCGUCAAGUGUCCGAUGUGUGGAUCGAAGGUGAAGCCGCUCACGUGUGGAUUCUACGACUGUGCGUGGAAGUUUGAGGGCGUGAAGGCAAGCGACCGCUUCUUUGCCAGUUCACCGUGGAGAUCUGCGAGUGGCGAGACUCUGCUGAUCAUCACCAAGACGAAGAGCGAUUCAGUCGCUGCGAAGGUUCCAGCGGCGACGCGUUCCGUUGUUGUUCGCAGGGACAACGUGUGCUCGAUCUGUUGGUCACUGUUUGGAUCCACCGCGAAAAAGUGCGUCACUGCAGCGAAAUGCGGCCACAGCUUCCACAAAAGAUGCAUUGACAAAUGGUCGGAGUGGUGCUGUGGCCAUGACGCACAACCGAGUUGCUCUUUGUGUCGGAAGGCGACGUGA